AUGGUUGGAUGGGGUGUUCUUCAGGAUCCAAGGUAUCCAAAUAUUCCCGGAACCGUAAAUCUUGGAGAAAGUACUGGAGCUGAUGGUUCAUCCAAAGAAGCUAAUUGGGAUUAUGUUGAGCCAAAGAAGAGGGGUGAGAUUGUUCUCAAUCCUCAACCUUCUGAGAGUCCUAAUGAUCCUCUGAAUUGGACUACUGCUACCAAAAUGGCCAUUCUUCUCAUCCUAGCCUUAACCGCAGGUGUUACUGUCUCACUAGGUCCAAUGAUUACCACCGGUUCCGAAGAUGUAGCAAGAGCUUUCGGUGUCACCACCGAUCAAGUCUCCUUCAACAUUGUUGGAAUUAUGCAACUUACAACUGGUUCCGGUACAUUCUUUACUGCCGCCGCCGCAGCCGUAUGGGGAAAACGACCAGUUUUCAUCGUGUCGACUAUUGGAUUGUUGGUCACCAAUAUCUGGGGUUUCGUUUCCACUAGUUUCAUGUCGCUUUCCAUCAUGCGAGCGGUUCAAGGUUUCUGUGCUUCUUCCUUGGAGACACUCGUCAGCGCAACGGUUUCCGAGAUCUUCUUUGUUCAUGAGAAGGGUAAGAUGUUGAGUGUAUGGAAUUUAUUCGUUAUGGGUGGUGUGAAGCUUGGUCAACUCAUCGCAAGUUUCAUCAUCCAAUCCCUCGGAUUCAAAUUCACCUUUGGCAUCUGCGCAUGCAUCUACGCCCUGAUCAUCCCCGCUAUGUAUUUCUUCGUCCCCGAAACCCUCUACAUUCCCCAAACCGAUCCGCCCACUCAACUCAUCGUCGACAAAACCGAAGGCCGAGUCUACGAAAUCGUCCUCCCAGAUCUGAAAAAACCCCUAAAAGAACGUCUCUCCAUCUUCAACGGUCGCAUCUCCCAAGCGAGUUUCUGGGCCCUCGCCGCUAAACCCAUCCCGCUCGUUACCUUCCCCGCCGUCAUAUUCAGCGCUUUUACCUAUUCAUUCUACGCCGCCGGUCUCACUCUCAUCGCUCUCCUCCAAGACACCAUUUUCAGCGCGCCCCCCUACAACCUCUCCACCUCGGCCAUCGGCCUCACCAACCUCCCCCUCUUCGGCGUCGGACUCGUCGGCACCCUCGCCUCGGGCUACUGCGCCGAUUUCGUCGUCCAAUGGAUGACCCGCCACAACAACGGCAUCUACGAACCCGAAUUCCGUCUCGUGCUCAUGUUUGUCGCGGCCUCCCUUUCCACCAUCGCCUAUAUCGGGUUUGGAUAUUCCGUCGCCGCAGGCGCAUCCAUCUACAUCCCGAUUGCCUUUUUGGGGAUCCAGACCUUCGCGGUGCCGUUCGCAACCAGUAGUAUGUUUACAUAUGUGAUGGAUUGUCAUAAUCGGUUGGCGCCCCAAGCGUUCGUCACGAUGAAUUUUAUCAAGGCCGUUUUGUCGCUGGUGAUGAGCGAUUCUGUGAAUGGAUGGUUUGAGACGAGUGGUGCGAAAAGUGUGUUUACCACGGUGGCGAUUGCGAAUCUGGCGGUUUCGGCUUUUGCCAUUCCGAUGUAUGUUUUUGGAAAGAGAUUGAGGAGUAAAGUUGCGAGAAGUGCUUUUCAUCAGAAAUUCUAG